CUCCAGGCUCCUUUCCUUACUUCUCCUCCCACCCUGACCUCCAAGCUCCUCCAUUUCUUCUCUGAGCCACCCACGGUCAAGCUCUUAAAAGUCAAAUUAUGUACAUGAACUGGUUUUCUCAAGAGCCAGAACAACGGAACUUAAAAAAAUGAAGUCACCAGCUCUUCACCCUAGACUGACCACCUCACAACAAAACAAGGUGUUGUUUCUGGAAACAGAGCAUCCCUUAAUCUGAUGUCAAGAGACUAGGCAAUUGUUUUUCUCAGCAGGACUCUGGGGUAGGGUUUCUCCUGGCCUUCAUAUCUGCGUAGGAAAAGGUGUCGGUGACUCUUCACUCCCAGGGAAAGGAGGAAACCCAAGGGGAGCAUCCCAUCUUCAGGAGAGGAAGGGUUGGAAGGGUCAGAACACCGAAACCUGCUGGAGACGGUUCAGACAAGAGACCGCAGGGCCGGCGCUCUCCCGGGGCCCAGCUGCGGAGACAAAGAAGUUGCCGAGCCGCCUCUGUGGAAGGACGCCCUGGACGCGACCCAUGGUCAGCUCCAGCUUCUGCCUCCCUUCAGCACCGAGAGAUGCAGGCGGUGGGGCUGCUGCUGCUGCUGGGGCUGGGGCUGGGGCUGGCUUGCACUGUGCACGGGCUCUGCUCGCCCUCCGUGUUCUACAGAGACUGCUGGAUCCGCCGCUUCCCAGGGAUGCUCCUGAAUCUAGAGGAGUCCCAGAAGCUGGGGGCCCAGUUCCUCAAGUACUACUCAGAGAACACGGGCCACAAGUGCAGCCGGAGCUGCUGCCUCAGGAAGGAUGUUUCCUGUAACGUGGCUGUCUUCUUCCAUGAUCCUAUCCACGACAAUGUCAACUGCCUCCAUGUCCACUGCCCAACCCUGGAGAGCUGCAUCCUGGAGCCUGGGACCAGUGCCAUUCUGUAUAACAUAACAGCAGGCAUAGAUCCCGAUUUGCUGGUUUUUGAGCAUUCAGCCCCCACAUAUCUAAACACCCGCUCCUCAUCUGAAUGGUGGGAUAGACUCCGGAUUCUGAAAGCUCUGAAGGCAGGCAAUGAGGGGCUGCACACAGAUGGGACAAAGCACACGCUGCCAUCCACAGAGACUGCUGUGUCAACCACACAUCAAGAUCUGGGUACAAACGCAGGUAUCAGUCAUUCCAGGAAGUCACCCACGGAUUUGGAGAUCCGAUCUAUUUCUGUGAAUGCGUCCACUGCUACCAAGGUCAACACGGUGUCACCAAGCACAGACUUCACCCGUAGUCCAGAUAACAUGACCAUUUCUCCUUUCUUUGGACCCACAGACACAAAAGUCUCUCAGGUGCCCAGCCAGUCCCGACUCAACAUUAGCAAACAACUACUGAACAAAACCAAGGCGUCCCAGGGUGGCAAUCACACGUCUGAGAAGGGGUCCCAGGGUGGCAAUCACACGUCUGAGAAGGAAGCACCUCAGGAUGGAGCUCUGGUGACUGCGGGGUCCUGGCUGGCUUCUGUGACCCUGGGAGCUGCCAUCGUCUGCCUCUGCUGCUGUGUGGUCAUCGGGGCAUCCAGAUGCUUCGGAGAGCAGCAGGGCUGGUAUCGCCUGGGACAGCGGGGUCAGGAUAACACACGGAAAGGGAGGUCCUAAAGGCCGGCAGGAACCAGGUUACAGGCUUUGAGUGUGUUGUCAGCUUUCUGCAAGAAUACAGCAUUUUCACUAAAGAAAAUAAUAAAGCUAUCUCAGAAAACCAAGUCCUACCAAAUGGCCAAGACUUGGUCAAAUUG